UUUAGCUUAAUUCGAUAACCAUAAAUUUAUUGCAUGAACUAAAUAGCUUUGUGGGACUCUAAAAUGUUUAAAACGAUUUCUUAUUUGAGAGUGUUAUUUAGGCAAUUUAAACUAUAUCAAUAAGAGUGAUGAGAUAAUAAGAAGUUUAGAUCUCUCAAAUGGUAACGACAUGUACCAUGUGCUACAUAUUUCAAAUCUAAGGAAGAAAAAUUAUCUAAUGUGUUGUCAUAUUGUUGUUAAAUCAAAUCAAAUCAAAUCAAAUCAAAGUCAAAUUAAUUUCUUACUUUAAAAAAUGGUCAAACUAUCCAAAAAGAAAACAUUCAACAGUUUGACAUAUUGCUAAUAAAUUAAAUCAUUUUAUUAUGGUACAUAGUCUGUUAGCAUUUAAUUUUGAAGAUAUUUUUCAGACUAUAUAAAUCUCACAUAAAUUCAAAAACACAUAGAACAAGAAAAAUGGUUGCAUACGUCGAUAAAAACUUUUCAUCGGCUUGUUUAGUGGUUUUACUCUUUUUUGUUGUCUCAUCGUAUGCAAGGUUUAGUACGAUGGUUACAAAAGAUGAGAUCCACUUCAUAUGCACCCAACAAGAUAUCAAUUCUUCAUUAUGUUUUGAGGUUUUAAAACCAAAUCCUAAAAUUGCUAGAUUAGAUUUUUCUGGUCUCUUCAAAUUUUUGUUCAAUUAUCAGGUUCGGAAUAUUUUGGAUACGCUGAUGCAAUUUAAAUUGUUAGGAGGCUACACGCGGGAUAUUGAGUCUAAAUAUUCCGUAUGCAUAGAAGUAUAUGAAGAUGAGUUUGUGGUCUCGAUGGAGAAAGAGAUAUAUUAGUUUGGAUUUGUGGGUUUUUUUUUAGUAUAGAUUGUUUGGGCUUAGUUUCUUUAUUUUUGGCGGAGCCCAUUAAUAGUUGGGUUUCAUAUUUUUUUUAAAUUUC